UCUCGCGCGCGUUGCGGCUCUCGCGAGAUUUCGCAGCAUGGCGCCGGCGGGAGGCGCGAACCUGCCGUGGGUGGAGAAGUACCGUCCGCAGGCGCUGUCGGAGCUCGUGUCUCACCGGGACAUCCUCAGCACCGUGCAGCGGUUCAUCAGCGAGGAUCGACUCCCCCACCUGCUCCUCUAUGGCCCACCCGGCACCGGGAAAACAUCCACCAUCCUGGCCUGUGCCAGGCAGCUCUACCGGGACAGGGAAUUCGGCUCCAUGGUGCUGGAGGUGAGCGGAGGGGGAAGGAAAA